AUGAAUGCAUCUAAUGCAACUGCGGAGCCCUUGUUUCCAUUAAACUAUCCUGAUUACGUAUACAAUUUUGCAUAUGGCUCCAACAUGCUUCCUAGUGUUUUAACUGGUCGACGAAAAAUUCAUCCGAUAGAAUCUAUUUCAGGAAUAUUGGAAGGAUGGCAGUUGACAUUCGACUUUCGUGGUAUUCCUGCGGUUGAACCAUGUUUUGGCAAUAUUAAAGAAAAUCCUGAUGCUGAAAUUCAUGGAGUCCUACAUAAAAUAACUAGUAAAGAAUUUAAACAUUUAAUGGCAACUGAAGGAGGAAGUGGAGUUGAUGCAACUGGAUAUAUACCAAAAAAAGUUACUGUGCAUGCAUACGACGGUCGUAUAAUUGAAGCAUAUGUAUUAGUUGUUCAACAGACAAGUCCAGCCAUAUUGUAUCAUCAUGCAUUACCAAGCAAUCGUUAUAUUGGUCUUCUCCGUAGUGGUGCAAUUCAUUAUAAAAUUCAUCCAUUAUAUAUAGAAUAUUUACAAUCUUUACCUUCGGUUGAACAUAAAAAACCUAUCAUUGGACUAGUUAUUAUUGAAAUACUAAUACUAACAACAUCGUUUGCACCUAUAUGGAUACCUAAAAUAAUUUAUUUCUUAUGCAAGGAUCAAAAGGCACAUGCACAAGCAUUCUUUUUUACACUAAUUAUAACUAAUUUAUGGCGUAUCUAUCGUUUUUUUGGUAGAAAGAGUGCUAUUCAACCAUAUUAUUCUGCAUCAUUUCCUCGAGGAAGUACACGUUUCAAAGAGAAUACAGAAACGUUUCGUGAUGAAGUUCAGACUGAUGAGCAAACUUUACCAGAUACUGUAUCAGACAUAUAUUCAGAAUUGAUUUUAUCACCAAUGUCUAGUCCAUUAAUCAAACAACGAAAGACUAAUCAAAAUGUGAUCGAAGAAGUUCAACAAUUGUUUGAUCAAUGA